AUGAUAUCGCGUUUUCCUCAAGAGCUGGUAGACCUCUUUAUCGAUUCCCUAGCGGAACAAUCAGAAAGCGAUACGACACGACGCGACGCCCUCUACGCAUGCACCUACGUUUCGCGAUCCUUCUCGCAUCGAGCUCGACAUCACCUAUUUCGAAAAAUCAAACUCCAUGACGACCUCAACCCCGAUAUCUCUAGUCGACUCUCAAGCCUUCACAAACUCUUGUCGUGGUCAUCCGCGGCGACUCUGCAGUCUGGUCGAUCAGGGAUCGGCCGGUUGACACAAUAUGUCAAGGAGUUCGCUUUCCAUCUCUCAAACACGGAGAAAGGCGUCGAUCACGUCAUGCUGGAAUAUGACAAGGCUGGGACCUUGACUUCAAUUCUGAAUGAGCUGCACGGCCCCGACCAUGGAAUCACCAAGUUCGUCUUGUUUCUCCAUUGGCAAAGCAUCAACUAUGCGUGUCUCAGCGACAAUCUUCGACACGCGUUCCUUGCGCUCGUUCGCUCGCCGCGCCUGCGAUAUCUACGUAUAUGCAACAUUAACGGCCUGCCCACAAACUUCCUCGUCAACAGUCACAUCAAGCACCUCCAUCUCUACGAAUGUAUGGCAGCAGAAGAAAUCGUUGUCUAUCCGCCCGUCUCGUCUGUCAGACCGUCUCAUUACCCACGAUUAGAGUCCCUGGACACGGACCACGAGCUUCCUUUGACGUAUUUCGAGAACCCCGACCAUGUGAAAUCGAUAGCGCGGUCUGACGCCUGCUCGUCUUCGUUCGCCCAUCUGCGCACUGUUUCACUUACAGUUUUAGUAGCUCCUGAUUUCGACGACGUAAUGGGAAUCCUUUCUCGGAUAGAAGACACACUCGAACAUCUAACUCUACAUUACUAUGUGAUUGAAACUCCUCUGGCACCUGAACAUCUCUUCGAUCUCACUCGUCACUCCAAUUUACGUCAUUUGUGUUUAUACCAUAAUGGUGGCCUGACCUUAUCGGCUGGACCUGGCACUGCCCUCGACGACAUCGUCCUUAUGCUAUGCACCAUCAGACUACCACCUUCCCUUCUUACACUCGAACUCGUUGUUAUCCUGGAAGGCGAGAAUAACACCCCGGGCCUCUUCCUUGAUUCUUUCCUCGGCCAUCAGUGGGCAUAUCUAGACGCGACCCUCUCCACGCCUUCCUUCCAUGCCAUUCAUAGAUUGAUUUUGACUCUCCAUUUCGGAAAGUCGGCGACGAACAAGGGUGCUGAGAAUUUCUUCCUCCGAAAGCGCAUCAAGACGCUCCUCAAGGCAGCGCUCCCCUCUGCGUCGACGAAUAAGAGGCUGAACUUGGUUAUCAACGUUGUGUCCUCCGUGCAGGAGGAGAGCUGGACACCAAGGACAAUUGCUGACCUCAGUUCCAAUGAAGGAGACAACUGA